AUGAGCAACGAAGGUGACAGAAUGGAAGUAGAUGAAGACGAAUCGCAAGUUUCCACGCAGAAUGAGCAACAAAAUACACCGGUAGAGACCAAAAAAAAAAGAUUCGAGAUUAAAAAAUGGACAGCGGUGGCGUUCUGGUCGUGGGAUAUAGCCGUUGACAACUGUGCCAUUUGCAGAAACCACAUUAUGGAACCAUGCAUCGAAUGCCAGCCGAAGGCUAUGACCGACACAGAUAACGAAUGUGUGGCAGCAUGGGGUGUUUGUAAUCACGCUUUCCACUUGCACUGCAUCAAUAAAUGGAUCAAGACGAGAGAUGCAUGCCCGUUGGACAACCAACCUUGGCAAUUGGCAAGGUGCGGUAGGUGA